AGCAAUAAAGUAUGUCUUUAUUUUUUUUUUUUUGGCAGAAAUUUUAUGAAUAACCACCAGAAGCCAGUGCUAACAGGCCAACGGUUUAAAACCAGAAAGAGGGAUGAAAAAGAGAAAUUUGAGCCUACAGUAUUUAGGGAUACCAUUAUUCUGGGCCUCAAUGAAGCAGGGAACGAUUUGGAAGCAGUAGCAAAAUUUCUUGAUACAACAGGAUCACGACUUGAUUACCGCCGUUAUGCUGAAACCCUGUUUGAUAUCCUGAUCGCCGGAAGCAUGCUGGCUCCCGGAGGAAGCCGUAUUGAUGAUGGAGACAAAGCCAAGCAGACCAAUCACUGUGUGUUUUCAGCUGAAGAGGACUAUGAGACCAUGCGAAAUUAUGCUCAGAAAUUUUAUGAAUAAGCACCAGAAGCCAGUGCUAACAGGCCAACGGUUUAAAACCAGAAAGAGGGAUGAAAAAGAGAAAUUUGAGCCUACAGUAUUUAGGGAUACCAUUAUUCUGGGCCUCAAUGAAGCAGGGAACGAUUUGGAAGCAGUAGCAAAAUUUCUUGAUACAACAGGAUCACGACUUGAUUACCGCCGUUAUGCUGAAACCCUGUUUGAUAUCCUGAUCGCCGGAAGCAUGCUGGCUCCCGGAGGAAGCCGUAUUGAUGAUGGAGACAAAGCCAAGCAGACCAAUCACUGUGUGUUUUCAGCUGAAGAGGACUAUGAGACCAUGCGAAAUUAUGCUCAGGUAGAACUUUAUAGGCAAGAAACUCAAACAAAUUAAUACAGAACAACAUUCAUUUCCCUGAGGCGACACAUUGGGACUAUUUAUCAAACUGUAUAAAGAAACAACAAGCAAAUCACCUGACACGGCAAAGGAAAAGCAGUGAUUUCCAGUGACCCCGUAGCUGCAGAUAAAGUAGAAGCGUUUGUUCAUUGUAACAGAACCACCUCCACCGACACGACCAUUUUCCCCAUUGACUUUAAAGGAUCACGUGAGGUUUAUAGUCAAAUAAUGGCGUCAAAUGUACCAAUUGGGAGGCGUGAAAUAAAAGUCAACUUGAUAAAC